CUCCUGAGUGUGUGUACGCACGUGGGUGGUUGCGUGUGCGUGCACAGACAGCUCAUCAUAGAUAUGAGGGAACGCUAGUGGAGAGGUUCAGUCAGUGGAAGGAACAACAUGAAGAGAGACGUGUUACUCCUGGUGGCCACUCUUAUUGUGGGGGCGCUGGUCUCGCUCUCCAUGGCACAAGUGUCGUGUCCUGAACCAUAUAUCCUGAUUGGUAACACAACAUGCCUGUAUAUCCCUCUAGACCAAAAGUUAGCUUGGGACGACGCCAAAGACUACUGCAUAACCCACAGUCCUCCAGGUUACGCGGCGGACCUAGCAGAAUUUCUUGAGUGUGACGUGAUGUCCAGUCUCUGGAACUACAUUGCUUACAACCUGCACAAAAGGACGAAUUACUGGAUUGGAGGAUCAGACAGUGCUAAGGAAGGGACGUGGAAGUGGGUAAACUAUGACACAGACGUGCCCAUGGGCGUCCCAUUCUGGUUCACAGGCCAGCCGGACGGAGGGACUCUGGAGAAUCGCCUCACAGUGUCCGAGAACGGAUAUUUUGGCGACGGACUAGAAACCCAACAGUACAACUUCAUCUGUAAACUCUUCAACCUUACAACUUCAUCUGUAAACUUUUCAAUCUCAAUCCCUGAAAAUUAAGUCGUCGGGUUUUGGUAGUGGUGCAAAGGCCGGGACACGACGACGGGUGGUGAAGACCAACCAAAGGGAUGUUCAGGAGCUUGAGCACAACAAAUUAUUAUUAUAAUAAAAAAAGAAGCGCUAAGCCACAAGGGCUAUACAGCAUGAGCACAACAAAGCGAUGUUGCUCAGGUAACGCUGGUAAACACCACACCGUCGAACACUUGCCACAAUAUUUCAAAUCUAUGAUUUAUCUUUACGCCCUUCCGUGUAGUAUCGUCAGUAAAUAAGAAGCUUACAUUAAAAUUAAAAGGUGCC